AUGAUGAUGGAAGAGGAUAGGCGGAGUAGAGGAUCCCUGCGCCCUGCAGGUGCCAGCGCCCGGGAGAAGGAGGAGAGGAGGAGUAAAGAGGAGAUAGAGUCACAGGGUAUGGACACGGAGGUUAUGGACACGGAGGCUAUGGACACGGAGGCUAUGGACACGGAGGCUAUGGCCAUGGCAAUAGUCACAGGCACGGUCACAGCCAUUUUGUCGCAAGAACCAGCGAGUGCCUCCCACCCGAUUCCCAGAGCGAAGAUUGAAGCGAGUUUCUCAUCAGCCGUAAAUAUCGGGGCGACCGACGUCGGCGGCUCAUCCGUCCGGGAUUCUUGCGCUGCUGGGUCUGCUGUGGACAUUUCGAUGAUUUCUUCCUGUGGUCGCAUCAUGAAGCUGGUGCUGGUGGUGACUUUAUUCAUGGCCCUAGUAGCCUUAAUAUCUGCCGAUCCAUGGGCCGAUCCCACAGCGGAAGCUCAUCGCAGAUGGUUUCGCGGACACAGAGGUUACGUACACAGAGGUUACGGACACAGAGGUUACGGACACAGAGGUUACGGAUACAGAGGUUACGGAUACGGCCAUCGUGGUCAUUUCGGUUGAAUCAGUUCAUUCAGGAUUUCCACCUCAGGUCUCCGCUGUGGUUCUGCUAUUCUUUUUCUCUGGGAAUACUAAAUAAAAAUUAGCUGAGUUCAUCUGCAAUCUUGAAGGCCCUAA